AUGAGCAUGGAAGCAGACCCCUCCGCCCGACGAGCGCGGUUCGUCCGCGACCUUCCCAAGCUCGAGCUGCACGCCCACCUCAACGGCUCCAUCCGGCGCUCCACCCUUCUCUCCCUCGCCGCAUCGCACGGCAUCGAUCCUUCCUCCGCACAGAUCCUCACCCGAUGGCCCUCAACCCUCAGCGAAGCAUUCAGCGUCUUCACCGUCAUCCAUUCCUGCGUGACGACACUCUCCGAUGUGGAGAGGAUAGCCUUCGAAGUGGGAGAGGACAUGGCGUCUGACGGGGUCGUUUAUGCCGAGAUCCGGUCCACACCGCGCGCCAUGGAGGGUGGGAGCUUGGACGACUAUGUUCGAGCCGUUCUGCGAGGCUUUGGACGCUACCGGCUCACGUCUGGGGUUGAAGGGGUGGUGCUACGGCUGAUCCUGUCGAUUGACCGUGCGAAGCACACCGCUGCGGACGCGCAGGACAUCGUCGAUCUCGCUACAGCCCACCGUCUCGCAGGGGUGGUGGGGAUCGAUCUCUCCGGUGACCCAACCAAAGGCGAAUUCCUCACUUUCCUCCCGGCUCUUCAACGCGCCCGCUCGCUCGGCCUCAAGAUCACGCUGCACGCCGGCGAGGUGGCCAACACAGACACCGAGAUGAGCGCCAUGUUGGAUUUUCACCCGGAUCGCUUUGGACACUGCUGCUUCGUCUCGGACGACAACCUCAAACGCUUAACACAGAGCAGGGUGCCAAUAGAGCUGUGCCUCACAAGCAACCUGCUGUCGAACUCGGUGGGAAGUGCGGAGGAGCAUCACUUUGGGCUGCACCAUGCGAACGGGACGGUGUGCUGCAUCUCGACUGACGACAGUGGUGUGUUUGGGAGUCCGCUCAGCAACGAGUUUGCGUUGGUGAUGGAUGCUUUUGCGCUGGACGAGAGACAGGCGUUUGAGCUGGCGAAGAGGACGUUGGAGGCUGUCUUCCUGCCCACGUCGGAUCCCGGGACGGAGGCGACGGAGGAAGAGAGACGGGACUGGAGCGUUCGGCAGCGUGUUCGAGCUGCGUUCGAUGCAUUCCACAGAACAUGGGAUUGGGAGUGA